AUGUCAGCACCUUCUGCGCUCCCACCAAUCGCUCGGCCCUCCUCGCCAGGGGUUGAGCCAGAGCCACGAUGGGAAAGUUUCCCACUUGAUUGCGCGCAAGCUUGGACUCUCGACCCGACGGACCUUGGAAUUGUCGAAGUUGUCGACGUCGACAGUGAGAAUGGCCGCUGGACACUCCCAACAUUCGUUCCUCAAAAGCCAGCAAAGCCUCAACCAGCAGAAAUAGCAUCGUUGGCGCGACAAAACACCGUCGUCCACAGCGCUCGUUCGUCGGAAAUUACGUUCCCACCAUUAACUGCGUCCCUGCUGGAGACCUAUUCACGAAAAGAACUCGAAGGCGUCCGCGUCGAUGUUUUAUCCUUGAAGUCAGCGCAAGGCUUAGACCUUGCCCUACGCUCGCUUACUCCUCUAUCGCAUGCCCAUAAUAUCUUCACCAUGGCCACGACCAUUACUGAGGCUCCGGGUUCGCCUCCUGAGCUCUCAGGCUCUCGGUCCUCGAAGUCGUCGUCCUCCUACUCCUCGUCCUUCUCGAGUCCCGAUGACAGCUUCGAGUCCGACAUAACCAACUUCGAAGAGAUUGGCUUGGAGGAUGAAAAGCACACCACCUCGAAAUUCACCCACUCGCGCGACGUCUCCAUGCAGUCUGUGGGUUCGCAACAUGAGCUGAUCAAGGCAAAGGAGGUGGCUUCGGGGGAGAAGAGACCAACGCUCCCACAGCUACAGACCCGUGUCAAGACAUCAGGCCCGAGACAGGACUCUGCACCACCACGAACGAAUGUUUCCAAGAUGGCCAUGUUCAAACGGGGCUUCACCAGUACAGAAACAUUUUACCCUCCGAACAACAUGAGGACGCGAUCGUCCUCCCCUCCGAGCAGAAGACAUCCUGCGUCCGCCUCGACUCCGUCUCUUAGUGCUGGUGGACUUCGGCCUAUUCCUCCAUCCUCAGCAUCGUCAUUGGGGCUCCCAUCCCGGCGUGCAUCAUGGCAGCCCCACCGAAAGACCGUGGAGGAACUGGAAGCUGAGUACCACGACUCUGAUGACGACUUACCUGAAGAUGCGAGUCUUUGGAACGUCCCCGUGUCUCCCCACCCGUCCGGCCUACGAUCACACCGGUCCAGUUUCCGCGGAAGCCCUGAUAGAUAUCAAGCGGCUCCCAGUCCCCGUCCCAUCCCUUUAGAACAUGCAAGAACAGCGCCUGAAGUGCCCCCGCGGCCGGCGUUACAUUCGCAGCAAGGCCUGCCGAAGAGCAAACCUCCACCACAAAGGUCUGUUUCGCUCACUCCUGCAAGCUCGAAUCCUUCUUCGCCUAGGAAAGGUGACUUUGCUUUCAAGAACAGGACGAAAUCGUGGAAUCUUGCCAUGGCUGAUCUUAGUGAGGAAGCCAAAAUCAUAUCUGAGGCAUUGGAAUUCCAUGCCGAGGCUCGGGAUCAAGAACGACUCGACAGGCUCCAGGGUGGCUCGUCUCGGGGAAGCCUGGAGACUCCAACGGACCGUAGCUCGCGGGCGUCGUCCAUCCAGCUCCCGCCGAUACAGAAGAGCACGCUCGACUUCAUGCCAAUCUCCAAGGAAAAGGAGGCCAUUUUGUCACGAACAAGACCGUCAUGGUUACCACCCAAGGAUCCGAAAGAGGAGAAGAAGCAUUUGAAAGAAUACCAACGGAUGAUGGCCGCCUCCAUCGAAGCAGACAAGAAACGUCGCAUGAAGCUGCAGGUUCAGCAAUGCGAGAAAGACGACACAAGACAAACCUUGAAUCGAAUUUGGCAUUUCUACGUUGAUGAAGCCACUGAUCUCACGACCAUUGAUAAACGAGUCAACGACCUGUGCUGGCGUGGAAUCAGCCCUAACCUUCGCGGAAAGGUGUGGCAACGGGCGAUAGGAAAUCCGCUUGGCUUGACUGCCCAGAGUUACGCAAAAGCUUUGAACCGAGCCAAAGAGAUCAAGAAGCGGACAAGUGACCAGCUCGACCAAGACGAGAAGAGCAUGGGACGGUGGUUCGUCGAUAUCGAAAGAGACGCCGAAACAGCGUUCCCAGAGCUCAGCUUGUUUCAGAGGGGCGCACCUUUGUGGCAAGAUCUCAUCGACGUCUGUGAAGCCUACGCGUGUUAUCGCAGCGACGUGGGGUACAUAUACGGCAUUCAACUAAUGGCGGCGUUGCUCCUUCUCCAGCUCCCGACGCCCUCGGAGGCAUUCAUCCUUCUGGCAAACUGCCUCAAUCGUCCCGUACCGCUGGCUUUCCAGACCGAUGAGAAGACCAUGACGAGUCGGACUUACAACCACGCAGUGUCAACAUUGGCCAUCAAGUUUCCUCGUCUCCACGAGUACCUUUUUGGUUCGCUCGAGCAGGGUGGUCUGGGCUUCCGCGGCGAGGAAGUUUUUGAACCCAUGCUUCGCACCAUAUUUUCGAAUGGACUGGACGUCGAUCGACUGUGCCGCGUCUGGGACAUAUGGAUCUUUGAGGGCGACCGAACACUGGUCAACGCAGCUGUGGCCGUGCUGGGCAGCCUUCAAUCACAGCUGUUUGGCAUGGAAGGCAAUCUCGACCUGAAACGGCGCAAUACCCAAGAAAUGCUUGGAUGGGGCCCUUUCAACCGCUUGCCUCGGUCCGGCCACUGGAACUUGCAGACAGUCGGAGAUGAAGACCGGUUUGUCGACGAAAUCCGGCUUGCGGGAACGCUCGACUACACGGGCAGGUAA